AUGUCUGAUAAUGAGAAAAUGCAAACCUCCGAAAAUACGAAUGAAUGGAUUAAUUGGAUUGAAGAAGCUAUUGUCAAAGAACACUUAAAAUUUUACGAAUACAACCUAUUUAGUAACUUUCUAAAAAUUGGUGCUGGAGGUUUUGGAAAAGUGUACCGUGCAAAUUGGAAAAAUUUAGAAAAGCAAUUAGCAUUAAAAUCUUUUUUUAAUCUUGACAACAUCACUGUGAAAGAAAUUGUUCGUGAGCAUUCUAGCAAUAUAUUAGUCCAUCAAAACGUGAUCAAAUUGGCAGAUUUUGGGUUAUCAAAAAGAAUCGGGGCAUCGUCCAAUUUUCAAUCAAAAUUAUUUGGUAUGGUUCCUUAUGUUGAUCCAAAAAGUUUUAGCAGGAGAAGAAAUAAUAAUAACCAAAUGUAUUCAUUAAAUGAAAAAAGUGAUGUUUACAGUAUUGGAGUAUUAUUAUGGGAAUUAUCAAGUGGACAACCUCCUUUUUAUGCUGAUGGUGAACAUUAUGAUGUUGGUCUAAUUUAUGACAUUUCGCAAGGUCAUAGAGAAAUAGCUGUUCCUGAUACACCCAAUAAAUAUGUAAAAAUUUAUACUAAAUGUUGGGAUGGUGAGCCAGAUAAUCGUCCAACUAUAUUUCAAGUAGUUGAUUGGUUAAAAGCAAUCAUUACAAAAACAGAUAUAAUAAUAGAAAAUCCUCAAUAA